GAAAGGCACAGAUAAGCGGAGAUCCAGCUAUGCAAACCAUGUUUAGAGACACUUAAAGGACAAGCAUCUCAGGUCCUCUCUUUCUGGUAAAUUCGGAGCAGCCAUCAUACGGGGUCUUUUCUCACAGCCAGCCCAUGCGGACCGAGCAGCCCAGACUUGACGGAGGUGAGCUGCAAUCUUUGAGAGAAACAGCCACACGGAGAAUCCUUCAGAGAUCUUGGCUGGGGACCACCUCUCCCCUCACCCCCAUGUCCUUAGCUGCUUGUGUCAGCAGCUUCUAGCCACGGUACUGCUGUGCACGUCUACAUGUAGGAAAAACACAAUGAGGGGGUAAGAGAAAAUCAUUGAUGCAACCCCACAUCCCUUUGCUAAACGAGAGCUUCCUUCAGCACAAGGGAUAGAAGGCGGUGGAAGAGAGAUACAUCUGGAGUAACAAUUUCAGAGGUUGGGACAGUUGGAAGUCUACCAUUGUACAACAUGCUGCGAUUAAGACUCUCACCUACAUUUUCAGUGGGAUUUCAUCUGUUAGCCUUCGUGGCUCUCUUAUUUUCCCAUGUGGACCUUAUAAGUGCUGACACAGAAAUGGAAGGAGAAGGCAAUGAAACUGGCGAGUGUACCGGCUCAUAUUACUGUAAGAAGGGGGUGAUUUUACCUAUUUGGGAGCCCCAAGACCCUUCCUUUGGAGACAAAAUUGCUAGAGCUACCGUGUAUUUCGUGGCCAUGGUCUACAUGUUUCUCGGAGUCUCUAUCAUUGCCGACCGGUUCAUGUCCUCUAUAGAAGUCAUCACGUCUCAAGAAAAAGAAAUAACCAUAAAGAAACCCAAUGGAGAGACCACCAAGACCACUGUGAGGAUCUGGAAUGAGACUGUUUCGAACCUGACCUUGAUGGCCCUGGGAUCUUCUGCUCCAGAGAUUCUCCUUUCGGUAAUUGAAGUGUGUGGCCAUAACUUCACUGCGGGAGACCUAGGUCCCAGCACCAUCGUGGGAAGUGCUGCAUUCAAUAUGUUCAUCAUUAUCGCGCUUUGUGUUUACGUGGUCCCAGAUGGAGAGACGAGGAAGAUUAAGCAUUUGCGUGUGUUCUUUGUGACAGCAGCCUGGAGCAUCUUUGCCUAUACUUGGCUUUACAUUAUUUUGUCUGUCAUCUCUCCUGGGGUCGUGGAGGUGUGGGAAGGUUUGCUUACUUUCUUCUUCUUUCCCAUCUGUGUUGUGUUCGCUUGGGUAGCAGAUAGGAGGCUUCUGUUUUACAAGUAUGUCUACAAGAGGUAUCGGGCUGGCAAGCAGAGGGGAAUGAUUAUUGAACAUGAAGGAGACAGGCCAUCUUCCAAGACUGAAAUUGAAAUGGAUGGGAAAGUGGUCAAUUCCCACGUUGACAAUUUCUUAGAUGGUGCCCUGGUUCUGGAGGUUGACGAGAGGGACCAAGAUGAUGAAGAGGCCAGGCGAGAAAUGGCUAGGAUUCUGAAGGAGCUCAAGCAGAAACAUCCGGAGAAAGAAAUAGAGCAAUUAAUAGAAUUAGCUAACUACCAAGUCCUAAGUCAGCAGCAAAAAAGUCGAGCAUUUUACCGCAUCCAAGCUACUCGCCUGAUGACUGGAGCUGGCAACAUUUUAAAGAGGCAUGCAGCUGACCAGGCAAGGAAGGCAGUCAGCAUGCAUGAGGUCAACACUGAAGUGGCUGAAAAUGACCCUGUUAGUAAGAUCUUCUUUGAACAAGGGACAUACCAGUGUCUGGAGAACUGUGGUACUGUAGCCCUGACCAUUCUCCGCAGAGGUGGUGAUUUGACCAACACUGUGUUUGUUGACUUCAGAACAGAAGAUGGCACAGCCAAUGCUGGGUCUGAUUAUGAAUUUACCGAAGGAACUGUGGUCUUUAAGCCUGGUGAGACCCAGAAGGAAAUCAGAGUUGGCAUCAUUGAUGACGAUAUCUUUGAGGAGGAUGAAAAUUUCCUUGUGCAUCUGAGCAAUGUUAAAGUAUCUUCCGAAGCCUCAGAAGAUGGCAUCCUGGAAGCCAAUCAUGUUUCUACACUCGCUUGCCUUGGCUCUCCCUCCACUGCCACUGUGACUAUCUUCGAUGAUGACCACGCUGGCAUCUUUACUUUUGAGGAACCUGUGACUCAUGUGAGCGAGAGCAUUGGCAUUAUGGAGGUGAAGGUAUUGAGAACAUCUGGAGCUCGAGGAAAUGUUAUCGUUCCCUAUAAAACCAUCGAAGGGACUGCCAGAGGUGGUGGGGAGGACUUUGAGGACACUUGCGGAGAGCUUGAGUUCCAGAACGACGAAAUUGUCAAAACAAUAUCAGUCAAGGUAAUUGAUGAUGAGGAGUAUGAGAAAAACAAGACCUUCUUCCUUGAGAUUGGAGAGCCCCGCCUGGUGGAGAUGAGUGAGAAGAAAGCCCUGUUACUGAAUGAGCUUGGUGGCUUCACAAUAACAGGAAAAUACCUGUACGGCCAGCCUGUCUUCCGGAAAGUUCAUGCUAGAGAACAUCCGAUCCCUUCUACUGUAAUCACCAUUGCAGAGGAAUGUGAUGACAAGCAGCCGCUGACCAGCAAAGAGGAAGAGGAGAGGCGCAUUGCAGAAAUGGGGCGCCCCAUUCUGGGAGAACACACCAAGCUGGAAGUGAUCAUUGAAGAAUCCUACGAAUUCAAGAGUACCGUGGACAAACUUAUUAAGAAGACAAACUUAGCCCUUGUGGUUGGGACAAACAGCUGGAGAGAGCAGUUUAUCGAAGCCAUCACUGUCAGCGCUGGGGAAGAUGACGACGACGAUGAAUGUGGGGAGGAGAAGCUACCCUCCUGUUUCGAUUAUGUGAUGCAUUUCCUGACUGUGUUCUGGAAGGUCCUCUUCGCCUUCGUCCCCCCUACAGAAUACUGGAAUGGCUGGGCCUGUUUCAUUGUCUCCAUCCUCAUGAUCGGCAUACUGACAGCUUUCAUUGGAGACCUGGCUUCCCACUUCGGAUGCACCAUUGGCCUGAAAGAUUCUGUGACUGCGGUAGUGUUCGUCGCGCUUGGAACUUCGGUACCAGAUACGUUUGCAAGCAAAGUGGCCGCCACCCAGGACCAGUACGCAGAUGCAUCCAUAGGUAACGUCACUGGCAGCAACGCGGUGAACGUCUUCCUGGGAAUCGGCGUGGCCUGGUCCAUUGCUGCCAUCUACCACGCAGCCAACGGGGAACAGUUCAAAGUGUCCCCUGGCACGCUAGCUUUCUCUGUCACUCUCUUCACCAUUUUUGCUUUCAUCAAUGUGGGGGUGCUGCUGUAUCGGCGAAGGCCGGAGAUCGGAGGUGAGCUGGGUGGGCCCCGGACUGCCAAGCUCCUCACAUCCUGCCUCUUCGUGCUCCUAUGGCUCUUGUACAUUUUCUUCUCCUCCCUGGAGGCCUACUGCCACAUAAAAGGCUUCUAAAGGAACAGAUAUAGUAAAUUUAUAUAUAUAUAUACGUAUAUAAAUAUAUACAUAAAAUAUUAUGUAUAAUGAACAGAGGAAACUGACAUUUGUCAUGUUCACUUACCUGCUGAUGGAACCCAGCUUCAAGAGCAUACUCUGUACUAGGGCGGAAGUGAGAAACCAUCACCUCUUAUUCCCAGGGGGCAUCGCCACUUUGAACGAGGCACGGAGGCAGGGGCAUCUUUGCAGCUCAGCCUAGAAGGACUGUGUUCUCUCCAGGUUCAUAAAUCAUUAAGUCUUUGAUUUGUUUUCUGUUUCCGCUUGUUUUUGGUGGGGGCUGGGAGGUGGCUGACGUUUGACUUUUAUUUUGUAUUAUUUUGUUGGGAGGGUCAAAGUUUCUGUUUCCCUUGCGGGAGGUGAUGACCAAUCUAAGUGCAAAUGGGUUUUUGGUAAAAAUUUAAAUCGUUACAAUUGCCCUCUCUUCCAAACACUUGACAAAUUAUUUGGGAUUCAGAAAGGACAUGGGCGCUGAAGAAGAGGCAGGUCUUCGCUCGAUCACUAAAUUCCGUGCUUCUCUCUGGGACAUGAGCAGAGAUAAAGCUGCCUCCAAGAAGAAGCAUGGGCGCUUGAAUGGAGCCAGGAGAAGUGAUGGCUCUAGAUACAGUCUGACAUUUAAAGAUAUGAUGCCUGACAGUCCUGUUUAACAGGUACAGGAAUAACGUGCCUAGAUUCCCAAGAAUGUGCAAAAUCAUUUAUUUCUUAUCUCUUCAGGUCUGGACUAUGAUUAGCAAGGCCCUUAUUCUGAUUUUCCAGCCUGGCUAACCCCCAGGUCCCCCAUCCCAAUCCUCCUCCUCCUGCCCACCAUCUCUCAGGCAAACAGGAAUAACCCCAUUCAAAAAAGCACAUCAUCGUUUUCCAUUUGCAUCAUGUGUGUCCCAGUCCCAUGUUCGCUGUUGCCUGGGAUCAUUUGUCAGCUUUAUUUUUGAAAGUAUCCAUGGCUUGCACAAUCCUGUUCCAGUCAUGACUGAACAUUUGCUCCUUCUUCGUGUGCCUGUUGGGGAAUGUUGUCGUGAUACCUGUUACACAGUGCAUGGAUGAAAAACAAAAUAAGCGUAUCUGUAUAUAGUAGAGUAUAGCGCAUACUGUUCUCCCAUUCAGCAACGUUGACUGGACAUUGAAGAUAUAAGUGAGUCUCCUUUUCACCUGAGUUGUAACGUUUGUGUUGUGAGUUUGAUUUUACUAGGGAUAAAAGGAGAAAAUGGCUUAUUGUUCAUGGACUUGCACAUUCGUUUCUAAGAAGCAAUAACAGUUCAUUGGGAAGUUAAAGCUACUGAGAGGACAGCAGGCAAACUACCAACUAUCUUCAUGGAAAAUUAGCCACAUGGAAUACACCAGAGGCCUCUAAAGAAUCACCUCUUGAUGAUUCAGGAGGGCGAAGGAGAAAGGUGUAGAGCAGUGGCCAGAUUCGAUGUGCCCAGGCUUUGAGAGCCUCUACCUCCCUGACACCCACCCCUGCCCUGCCCCCAAAGUAUUUAUUUCACUUCUGCUCUGUCUGGGACAGAUGGUAGAUAGUGGUUUGUUCAUUUUUUUUUUUUUUAAUGUAAAAGGCUAUUUUGAGCCCUGUUACUUUCAACAUCCAGACUCCUCUGAUUGUACCUGCACUCAGUUCCUGAGUAGGAAUGAAGCCAGGGAGACGAAUGGGCCUUUAAAAGUGCAUCUUCUGUACUUGUGACUAAGGAGGAAGCAAUUUAAUGAGAUUAGUGCCUCCCAGGAGGAUUGCACUGGGAGGUUUUUAACCCUGGAAAAGGAAUGGCUCUUUCUAUUUCAGAAUACCAAAGAGCAUGGAUAAACCCAACAUUCCGAAGUAGUGAGUCUAGUAAGGAGGCAAAAUGCAAUGACUUUGGUCCUGUCUCAGAGACUUCUCUAUAGAGCAUCCCAGGCCAGAGACACCACUGGCCCUCUGUAUCGAUUCAAAGAUACUUAAGAGAUAAAAGCUGUUCAGAGUUACUUUCUCUUCUUCCACUCAUUAAUCAUGAUCACUCAUCAUUUCAUAAACAUCCAGUGACUGAAUGAAUAAUUAAAUGCUGGUUAUUACUCAAUAUACCAGGUACUGUGCUACUCUUGGGGACUAAACCAUGAACAAGACAGCCCAGAUCCCUGCCCUCAGUGGGCUCACAGCUAAUGUGAUUGCUCUCUCGGUGGGUAAAAGUGAUCACAGCCAUAUGAAAACAGUUUUAUCUUGCAGGGAAAAAACAAUUAUAAAACUCUUAACAUAAACACACUGAAACUGUACAAAUACAAUUGUCCAAAUAUCUAAGAUUUUAACUUAAGAGAUAAAGCACAGGUUAGGGGAAGCAUCCUAUGUAUCCUUGGCCAAUCUUGCAGAUCUGUACAUCUCCCCAUUGUAAGCCAAGAAAGGCAAUCAUGUUGGUGAUCCAGAGGACUGAACGGGUCCAAUUAAUCCCAGUUUUUAUCUUUGUUGGACAACAGUACUUUUCUAUGCCCCACACCUCUACUGUUCCUCAUAUCUCCAGGAGACUCACCCCAGCAGGCCGUGGUCCAAAACUGGUGGCCUCUUUUGGGGGCACAUUCUAACCCAUUUUUUUUAAGAUUUAGUAAAUGGAAAGCUAGCCUAGAAACACCAAGUAAAUAUAGUCAAAGGACAUGAGUUGUUUAAAUAUUAGAUUUUUGCAAUUUUAGGCAUAUUUGGAAUGUCAAUAAUCCCGCAGAUUUUCACAGAGGACUUUCAGAAAUUCUUGCCACUGAAUUUUAAUUUCAAAGCUUUUUGGUUUGUUUGCUUUUUAAAGUUUCAUGUUAUAGGGAAAAUAUGAUUCUGAUUGUUCAGGGUUGUUAAUAAUUGUAGUUGUGUAAAAUUAUUUUAUUUUGUGUGUAUUGUGCACAGCUUUAGGGGGGAAGUGCACUAAUUGUGCUGUUCCUUAUAAAUGGUACACGUUAUUGGCACAAAUAAAGUUUCUAAUUGUUUCUGACUUAAUCACUAGUGAUACAGCAUAUUCUGUAUGGAAUGUUUUCUCUCAUUGUCAUCUACUUCAUUUUUGUUUUCAUGUUUUGAAGAAAUAAAGACCAAAAAGGUAUUAUUGUGCAAUUGGUAUCCUCAUCCAAAAGACAGACAAUAGAUACCCAGUAUUCAGAUUCUUGCAAAUGUCAACCCUUUGGUCAUAUAGUAUUUCCUUUUUAAUGUCCCAAGAGAGCACAGUGUCAGAAUAUGUAUCUAUCUGAUGGUACGGAGAUAAAUGUUGGAUGUUUCUCCAUUUCACUAAUUUUUUUACAUCUUUUAGUACCCUUUACCUGCCUCCUUUCUGCAUCCAAGAACAUUAACCCAUAAACAGUUACACAUCCAACCACUUGUUAGAAUAUUGUAGCUAAUAAAUCAGUUCUGAUAAAACUGGUCCAAGCGAUAGUCUUCUGGUAUCGAUAUAUUAUAUUCCUCUUGAUCCCUAAUAGAACUUCCUUGCAUUAAUUUCUGACUAAUUACAUGCUAGUGACUUUGUGUGUCAUACAAUCAAUAAUAUAGGAAGAGGUGACACCAGAAAUAAGCAUUUGCAGGGGGAAAAACGUGACCUCUAGUUUGUACUUAUUUGCAAGCCCACAUAAAUUAUCAGUGGAUUUAGUUCUUACAAUAGAAUCCACUGUGUUCAUGUAAAUGAUAUUCAUCUGAUAGUCUUUCAAAUUUGCUUUAGAAUUCCUCAUUAUGUCCGUAUAUAAUGUGGCACACUUUCACAUGUGAAGGAAAUAAGGUAUAAUUUAAGUAUUUUCUUGGAUCAGCAAUUAAUGUCUCCCAGUUACCAAUCUUUGGUAUAACACAAAAUGAGCAGCCGAUAUUUAUUUCUUUAAAUAACAAAGAGUAAUUCAAUGACCAGAGUAGUCUUGACUGUUUACCCUUCAAGGAAAUGCCUUGGCUCAAUGCUUUUCAACCUCUUAGAAGAUAAUUUUCUUUCAAACAUAAUGAUUCAAGCCUACCACCAGUAAAGAUUUGAGAGCUUUGCUUUCUAUAUAGCACACACAUUUUCUUCUUGCUUUUCAAAGAAAAAAUUAUAAAUUUUGCUCUUUUAAACCACUUUGCAGGCAUUCUGAUAGGUGGAUCUCAUUUGCAAUGAGAAUCCCUAACACAGCAUCUUUCCCCCAGUGGUCUCAGUUAAUAGAAGCACAUUGCCUUUUCCACACAGGGAAAUUCAUUGUUGAUUCCACAACCCAGGAUCCCUGAUACUGAUCUGUCAAUCUGACUGGUCUGUUCUACGCAUAUCUGAGAACUUUGUGGAAGGAAUUAGAAAAAAAUUUCCUCCGGUAGAUGAUGAAGCCCUCCAUUCUCAAACACUGUCAAAACUUUACCUCCUCAAGAAUAUAAGUCAGCCCCUUUAAGACUUCUUCUAAAAAGCAUUUCCUGGCUCAUGAUGUUGAGUGUCUCUUUUGAUUCUGCUUUUCUGUCUCUGAUCUUGGGCAGUUGCAUUCAGAGCAAGUUUUGCAUCUAGUUUCAUAACUAUAUAAUGGCCAUUUCGUGAUUGACAAUGCACCACCUUAGAUCUCAUCCAGACCUACACCUGGCAUUCACAGCUUUUGUUACAGUAAUCACUUGAAAGCAUUCUAGCUAUGGGCAAAAUUGAGCAUUUUAAUGGAUAAACAAGUGAGUGCACUAGGCAGAAGAGCUUUACACAAUCAUAUUUUUCUUAAAAAGAUGCUGUUAUGAGUGCAUGUAUUAGCUUUCCUUCAGAUCUACGUACAGAUUUUUGUUAAUGGACGGCACUUUUACUCUUCUUUUCAAUAUUAUGUUCCUAUCACUUCUAGCCAUGUUCAUGGUCUUCCACCCAGCACAUUUAAAGUGUUGUGUGGUCCAAAUGGUAUUCCACCUACAAGGAUGACAAAGGAAGGGGAAACAAUUCCAACAGUUAGAUAUUUCAUUUUUGGAGCUUAAUCAGGCCAUGGUUAAUCAUCUCCCAAGGCAGAGAUGUCUUACCUAUAGAAGGAACAACCACUGAGCGUUGGGUCUCCCAAGAGAGAGAGCACUUAAGCUUUCCAGCCCACAAGAACUGGUGAGUAGCUUUCUGUGACUUUUUCCCUGCCUGCCAAGAUGUCCCAAAAGAUUUCCUCAGAGGCUCUACCAAUUUUCAAUUUUGCCAAGUUUCCUCUGAUUUAAUCUCCUAAGGGACAUUCAAAUCAACAGUCAUUGUAUAUAUUAUUAUUUUGAUUUAUUUGUAGGAAAGAACAUUCCUUCACAACUUCAAAAGGCAAUAUGACUUUGUAGUUAAAACCACGACUCCUAUCUUUACAGGAAGACUUGCUUGCCCAGAAUCACCUUAUCUGUAAUCAGUGCAGGUCUUCACAGCUCCUUGGUCUGCUCACAUUCUUUAGAAUCAGGCUGUCCUAACCUUUAUCAAAGAUCCAGAGAGGUGUUCCCUUGGAAAUAUGCAAUCUUAGUCUUUCUUUUCCCUAAUUCCAAACCUUUGUAUUUCUUCCAAGGCUAUUCCCAUCAUAUUUCAUCAUCGUUAGUACUGCUCACUAUUACCUCUCAGCAAUAGGGAGAGGCUCAUGAUAAAGUCCUCUGGGCAUGUUUUUCUGAAAGUGAAUUUACCAUAGGAAGAAACCAAUAUAAUGGCAUUCUACUUCGAAAACAAUCAUUACAAUAGGUAUCUCUAUAAAUGUUUGGGACAGAUUAUACCCUACAGCUAUAUACUGCAACAGUAUUAUUGAUUUUAUUUCCUUUUGAAUUUUUCAUUCUUCAGUGUCUUCUACCUAGCUUUUUAUUCUAUCAAAAUAUGUAGGUAUGGAUGAGAAUUAAGGAGCUCACCCCCAACACACACACACACACACACACACACACACACACACACACUCAACUCUUGUGAAAGUUUCUACAAAAGUGAAGCAUGUAAACCUAGAAAACCCUAACGUAUAGCUUUCAUGCCUCCCCAAAAAUUUGAGUGGGUAAAAAAGUUUCUCUGUGGGUAUUAUAUUCCUGGCAUGUAAAGGAUAGUAAAAUUUCACAAUAACCAAACACACCAAAAAAGAAAUUAGCUAACUUCAGUGUUACUGAAUCGAUUUUGACAGUUAAUGCACAGCCCAGCUCUCCUUAUUUGUUGGCUGCAAAGACAGAUCUACCUAGCCAAAUCCAGGAGUGUACUGGGGGUGACAGGGGAAUUAACGUACUGGAAUUCCUAGGCAGCCCUCUGUACUGGAAGCUGUUUACCCACCAAGAAGGAUCUGGUCCAGAGAUUUCCAAAGACUCUCCCCUACAUUCCCAAGUUGAAAUAACCCACUUAAUUUACAGAACUUUUUGUCAGACCCUUCUUGAAGCCACAUGGUAGGACAAGAGAUAAAUUCUCUAGGGAGAGCUUUCUUAAAAAUGUGAUACUAUUUGUUUUGACCUAUCUUCUAAUAUGAAGUUUCCAUUCUUUCCAAGUGGAAGGAACAAUUCUAAUAACCAAAUAUAUAACCACUUUUCAAAAUAUUUCACUUAAAUCAACUGUAUAAAUAUUUAAGAUAAAAGUUAUAUGACCCAGAUAGCUAGUUCUGAGAAAAAUAGUUUAAUGUUCUCUAUAGGUACAUUUCUCUGCCUUCUUAUAUUUACCAUUACACUUGGAAAAAUGCUCCAAAGAAGAAAUCUCGAGAUUUUACAUUCUAAUGUUCAAUAAGUGAGUAAUAUGGAUAAAAUAAUGUUUUAGGUGAAAGUUAAUUAGUUGUUGACAGAACGUACUUAAAAAUGAGAGAAUUUAGCACGAAUAAAAUGUAUGAGGUAAGAUUUCAUCACUAUUCUUGUCUAAAAUAUUUGAAAGUCAUUAACUUUAAGGAAGAUAAAUUUCCAGUUUCCCAAAACAGGACAAUUUCAGCUUGUAUUGUUUUUAUAUGGAAAUCAAAGCUGGGCAUACAUAACUUCUGGCUUUGGCAACCCCCAAAAAGUAUGCAAGUAUGCUUUGGGCAGCCUUUUCCAUAUUAUUGAGUUAUUUUAUGGAAUACACUGGAUCUAUACAGGUGUCUCAUAAAAAUGCCUUCAAUAAUUUCCCUCUUUUUUGGGGGGAGGGGGAGGGCAGGAAGUUUCUACAUUUCAGAAUUUGACAAUUUAUAAAAGGCUGAUUUCAUUUUGAUGUUAACAUUUCGGAAUUUUAAUAUUUUAAAUAAUCAUUAGAUGGGCUAUUGAGCUUGAGUCUAACCCAAAUAAACAAUAAAGCUCAAACAGACCUAUCAGUAGUUGAAAGGCUUCUGAAACACUGGCCUUUUCAUGCAAAUAAAAGAGUUGUUUUCAAUCUUUUUUUCCUACCAAAAGUUGCCAUUUCAACCAGUGUAAAAAAAACAUUUGAAAUGGUGGUUUGAAGAUUAUUUCGAUAUGAAUCAGACACAAUUUCAGCAUUAAAUCUCCUCUGUCCCAUCUCUCCCUAGAGUAUAGAGAGAUAUAUAUAUAAAUACAAAAACACACAACGUAUGCCAGAUAACUUGAACUAUGUUUUUGGAUGUCUAAGAUUACCCUAAAAGCCCGUGUCAGGUUAGUGUUCAUUUUUAUCAGAAUCUUUUAUAAAUGAGAAAAGGGAGGGGGCGCCUGGGGGGCUCAGUCGCUUAUGCGUCCGACUUCGGCUCAGGUCAUGAUCUCACAGCUUGUGGGUUCAAGCCCCACGUUGGGCUCUGUGCUGACAGCUCAGAGCCUGGAGCCUGCUUCAGAUUCUGUGUCUCCCUCUCUCUCUGCCUCUCCCCUGCUCACGCUCUCUCUCUCAAAAAUAAAGAUUUUUAAAAAUUUUUAUAAAUGAAAACAGGGAGAGAGAUACAGAAAGAAAUGUUUUCCUGAUUCUUUUCUUUUUUUGCUAAAGAUGCAAAUUCAAAGUUGUUUGAAAGCUGCCUAGAAUGUUAAUCAUAUAUAUCCUUCUAAAAACAGGAGUAGAUCUUUAAAAGAAAGAAAUUCACUUUUCUUCCCUUCAUUUAGCAAGCAUUUUUGAUAGACAGUCUUUAGGAUCGAUUAGAGCACCUUUCUGACUUUUCCAAUUACCCUCUGUUAUUUGGAGGGUGUUGAAAACAGCUCUUGAAAAAAAAUUAUGCUCAUCUAGGUCAAAUCCUGAGGGAUUAAAAGAAUGAGAUUUUAUAUUUUCCCUGGAAACAUAGCACUGAGCAGGCAGGCUCCCAUACAUCACUUGACAUUUUCUAGAAAUAUGUUUUGGCACAAUAGGAAAGCAUGAAUGAGACUCCUACCCAGUUCUGCCACAAAAACCUAAUCAUCUACAACCAUGUAGAUCUUCCACUAGCUGUAAUUUAACUAAGAUAUUUUCACUCAAGCAACCGUCAACUUGCACAUACGCUGGCUGUGUUGUGACUAGCAUUUUCCCUCCAAGAUCUUACUAACAGACAAACUAACCAUUUCAACCAACCAGUACAUGAGAUUUCUCCAAGGGGUCCAGUCAGGGUAAGGAGUGGGUACAGAGAGGGGUAGUACUAUUGACAUCAGGUCACUGGAGCCUAUUUAACCAACUGCUUCAUUACAUACCGGACCUUAUUUGGGACACUUAUUGUCCCAAUAUUAGAAAUACUGGAAGGACUUUAUCUUAUUGCUAUUUCAACAAAAUUUUUGCGGUAUUGGAUCUAAGCAAAGGAUAACAUCAUGCAAAAACUGAAAGUCAUUUUUAUUAGCUCUCCUAUUGUUACAUCUUGUAGGAAAAUAUUAUCUUUGAGUUUUAGUCUAAAACUCUUAAGAACAACAAAACUUUUGCUGCCAUUAGUAAUCCCUUAGGAAAUUUGACACUUCGAACCUUCUUAGAGACAGAUGAUCCUAUGGUAAAUGUAUGCAAGUGGCUUAAAAUAUUCUUGAAGUUCUCAGGUUGUCUUCACAGAUCCUGCAUAGAUUUACAUUUUAAAAAAUGAGUAUCUUUCUCAUCAAAAUAGAUUGGGAAUUUUCCCAACAACUGGUUUCAUUUUGUUGAGAAAAAAAUCUAGUACCCAAAGAAGCCAUGAGCAGUAGGGUUGUAUCAACGACUCUGCUUCUAUGCCCCUUUUCAUACUUUUGACUCAAUCUCUAUGGCACAUCUUUCAGAAACAACUGCAGAUGAUAAGAGAAAGCUAAAAGGGUUGCACUCACUUUCAAAAUGGACUAAAUCUGCUUAUCACCUUGAAAAAAUUAAAAUUUAAAACUUUAAAUACCCAUGGAGAUGCUUUUAAAUGCCAAUUCUGAAGCCAAGAUCUCUAUGGCAAAGCCUUAAAGAAAACAUAAUUAUUGAGACAUAGGAUUUAGUAACAUCAGUAUUCAACACUUGCCAUCCACUUAUAGUCUCUAGAGGCAAACAAGCAGUUGGGAAGGGGAGACAAAUCAUUAUCAAUGUCAUAAGUCACGUCACCAUUCAAAUACUAGGUGGAGUCGGGAACUAUACAAGAUACAUGGGUCCAAACCUAGUCUCGAGCCCAACCCCACCCUUGCUCACCCCCAUGAUGGAUAUGGUCUAUGAACAUUAGAACAAUGCCAGGGUAUUAUUUUCACUUAAUAUGAAUAUUACCUAUUGCGAUUCCUCUCUGCUCUGAGCCAGGCUGUUUUGACUCAGAUCUUUAGAGUCGUACUUGUCACCUGCCUGGAGAGUGAACCCAUCUUUUCAAACUGGUUUCCAUGGACUCAAUUUUUAAAAACACUACGAAAGCAGCAGAGCCAAGUGGAUUGGACCUAGCAAGGAGUCUACCCUUAAAGGAGUCCAAGCUUGUGUUUUCUUCUUCCUGGCCAAUACACUAGCAUCCCAACUCUGAAGUCAUUCUGUUAGUAAAAUGAAAAUAAUAAUUGCUUUGUCGCUGUUAGAAAUCAUGCCUCUUUAGAGCUUAGUGCUUCCAUUAACCAAAACCAGAUCCAUGGGUGGUAGUAUUAGGACUUUACCCAAAGACUGAGUUUUAUGUUGUGAACAAACCUGAACUGGUUUGGGUCCCUUUAAAACAACAGACAAGAUAUGUAAUAAUAUUUGAAAACAAUGAAAAGGCUUCAGUACAGGCUUCUGGGUUAAAGAGGAGGGCAGAGCUUGUGACAGGCUCUCUUAAUGUUUUGCUCUUCCCUGUAAAUUUUUAUCUGUCAGGGUUCCCAGUGGAGUAUUUCCCCAUACUCAUUCUGUGGGAGGACACUGACAUAAUUCCAGAGUCUGCCUUUUAUUUCCUAAUUCUCCCAGGAGAAACAGCCAUUCCUUAGCUCAUAAUAUAAAAGAAAAACAGAAAGAAUAGCUGCCUUCUGGUUGAUCCAGAAGGUUUUUACAAAAGCACAGACCAUUCAGAGUAUCUUUAACAUGACUGUGACUGUAAUCCAAUAAAAAGAUUUGAUAUUUCCAACUCCUAAUCAAAAGUCAGAAAUUGCUUUGACACUAGGAUCUUAAUGCCACUUUAUCUUCCUUGCUGGUCCUCACAAAUCAAUAAAACUUGAGAGAUGCAGAGAGUGUCUGGACAGUGAUGAUCAGUUAAAAUUCAGAUCUGGUUACUGAGGCUAGAAAAACAUCAAAUGGCACAUUAUUGGAGGAAAAAGAAUCAGAAGCUAAACCAAACAGAACAGGAAAUUAGUCAAUUUAGCAAGUAUGUUUUCCAGAACCAUUGAUGCAUGUUGUAUGUAGUUAAAACUUAAAAAUCUAUACAGUCAAGGCUGUGGAACCAUUUUUAAAUCAAAUGGCAGAGUCUAUUAUAUUUUUCAAUCCUAUAAUUCUAUAAAUCUCAAGCGUUUUGUGCAAAGUAUUGUAUUAGGCAUUCUAAGAGGAUAUGAAGAAUUCAAGACACAGUAAUUUCGAGAAAAUUAACACUAGCCCUGAAUUCAGUCAGGAAGAGGCCACUUGUGGCACUCAAAGUCACCUUCCAUUUUGGUUGAGGCAUUUUAUCAAUUUGAGACUGCUUAAUGCAGCCAUCCUGAAACCUAUCAAGAAGCUUUUCUUUAACAGAAAUAGAAAUACUAAGUCUGUUAACUUCAUAGUCUUUCACCAAUGAAACAAAUGAAUUUAGACUCCACUAACAGAUCCUGAGUGUACAAUGAGCCAAACUCUGUGUGAGGUUGAUAUACAGUCUUCAACAUUUCAAGUUGGGGAAAACUGACUUCAAAGAUCAUUUGCCUCCCGUUCCUGAAUUUUUUUUUUCUAUUGAGUGUGGAUACUAAAUCAUCACUGGAUUUUCUUCACUCUGCCUGUUGCUCUUCUUGAGGUAUCCGGCUAUAUACAUUUCAGUGAGUUACAACUCCAGUUGUCACAUUUUAACAGCCAACUAGGAGGGACCUCAGUCCCGACGUCUGAAUACACAAGGUCCUCUUCAUUUCAACAUCAACUAGUCAUCAGAGAGGAGACCCGAAGGCUUUCCUCUUUUGAAAAUUAGUCUUUGUUUCAGAGGGUUAUGAAUCUUUGGCUCUCUCUGAACUUGGAUUUCCUCAUCAUUAAAGGAAGGACUUUACCUCUAGCUUGCUUUCCCACAAUACAUCAAGCCCUAUGUGAUCUGGUAGUUCCCUGUUAUCUACUGGGUAUGGGUUGAAGGUGCUUUCCACUGUGAACAAGUUUCCUCCUAAUUCUUGAUUGCAAGUGUCAAGCCAAUAAAACCACAUUAAGUCUGAUGGGAAUUUAAAAGUCUCUUUUGAAAUAAUUCUUUGUGCACUGCUGGAAAAAAAAAAAUGUCCCUUCCCAAACAGGGAGUGAAAAGUUUCUCCCUUUGCGGUAGACCUACAAUAGAAAAUUUAACAAGAUUGGAAUGGAUUCCACACCAGUGACCUUUGUAAGGCUGAAUCCACUCUUUUUCUGAACUUAAAGUGUAAGUUCAUACAGUUUCCCAUAAUAAUCCCACUUUUCAUUCUUUGUACUUAAUGACAAUCUUUUAGGAGGAAGACUGAGAGCAGUCAUUUUACACCAAAGGGAGUGAAUACAAACAUGAUACGUGUUGACUGGACAACAAGAUACUAAGACUGUAAAGGAAGAUGAAAAAGGAAUUUCAUUUAUGCUACAGAUUCAACUGUCUUUUUAAAAGCCUCCCUUGUUGUGGAGAAAAUGACUACUCAAAAAGGUUUCAUAAAGACUUAAAUCCCACCCCUAGCAAUCAUCUGGUUUGCCCACAGCCCACAUGCUUCAUUAGCAAUCUGAAAUUGCACACAGAGAAAACAUAGCAAGAAGCAAUAGACAUUGCCAUGGGGAAGAGAAAAAGCAACAGUGGUGAACUCCGCUUACAUAAACAAAGGAUGUUUUAGUGGAAUAAAUGUAAGCUUUCUCUUGAAGGAAUCCCAGUUAGUAUGUCAUUAGAAAUGGCAAAACCAUUUCAACAUCAUAAGUCGUAUAUUCCAGCUUUAUUAGCAUUGAGGCACAGGGCCAAAUUUGUCGGGGGAAAAGUAAACAAAUGUUCCCAACACUGUAACAGAUCAAGUGAUCUUGUGAGCCUGUCGAGAGAAAAAAAUUAAAAUAGGUAACAUUAUUUUAUAACUAUAUUAGUAGCUCUGACUUCCACUGAGGGAUAAAAUUUUAUUUUUCCUUCUCAUCACUAACUGUUAUAUAGAGCCGCUGUUCAGUUGCAGUAGGCAUGGGAUUCUUAUAUUUUGAUAAGUCCCUCACAUUGAAUUUGACCCCCAUUUCAUAUUUGAUCAGGAGAUCCUAAAUUGGAAAGGUAGGAUUUUCUGUCUUUUUUACACAAAUCUGCACCAGAAGCAUUUUCCAAAGAUGACUGCCUUAAGCCAUCUAGGUAGCUCUGUCCAUCAGUGGUGGGUGCUUGCUGUAAGGCAGAGAGAGCCUGUGAGUAGACUGAGUCCCCCUUCUGCAUAGAUGGCUGCUCAUUCAGACCCUCAUGUCUCUUCCUCCUCAAGUCCCUGUACCAAUCCAGCCUCCUGAACUGACCCAGCUCCACUUGUCAAACAAACUGCAAAUCUCUAAGUGUGCUGACAUCUUGUUCAAUUCCCCAUCAGAUGAAUUUCUCGGAUUUUUCCCUUGAUGAUCUUGCCCUCUCUGUACUCAUGCAUAUAGGCCCUUAGAUUUGAUAUACUUUAAAGAGGAUUUUACCAGAAAAAAAACAAUCAACCUUUGUGUUCAGUAAAAAACUAUGAAGGAGCUAUUAUGUUAACCACCCUGAAAUAGUAGAGGGAAUAUCACCUGUGUGAUGACGAACUUCAUGGUAGGGCUAAAAUACUACCCUCAGAAGAGAAACUGUAGAGUUUUCUCCAAAAAGCCUUUUAGAGACUCAAAUUUGAUGAUAUGGAAAAACAUUCCCUUCAGAGGUCAUAGGUUAGAGUUUGGUUACAUUUCACUUACAGGUUUGUUGUAUAAGCAGAUAAGGCACUUAAACUUCAGAUCCUUUCUUUAAUAUUAAAUCAGCAUCUAUCAAAUCUGUCCCUUACCUACAUUGCAAAAACAUCGGGGGG